AUGAUGAGAGGGGAGGUGGCUGACGACUCUGGCAGUGAGAAGAGUGAGGUGGUUGACGACCCUGGCAGUGAGAAGAGUGAGGUGGUUGACGACCCUGGCACUGAUGAUGAGAGUGAGGUGGCUGACAACCCUGGCAGUGAGAAGAGUGAGGUGGCUGACGACCCUACCAGUUAUGAUGAGAGCGAGGUGGCUGACGACCCUGGCAGUGAUGAUGAGAGUGAGGUGGUUGACGACUCUGGCAGUGAGAAGAGUGAGGUGGCUGACGGCCCUGGCAGUGAUGAUGAAAGUGAGGUGGCUAACGACCCCAGCCUCCUCUCACCCAAGUAA